UUGAAUGUGGGAGGUUAAUCAUUUCCGGUAUACGAAAUUAUUCAGAAAUGAUUCGUUUCAUCCUGAUACAGAACCGGGCUGGUAAAACCCGUCUAGCUAAGUGGUAUAUGCAUUUUGAUGAUGAUGAAAAACAGAAACUAAUUGAAGAAGUACAUGCUGUUGUUACUGUACGGGAUGCUAAACACACUAAUUUUGUAGAGUUUAGGAAUUUUAAGAUUGUGUACAGAAGAUAUGCUGGUUUAUAUUUCUGUAUCUGUGUUGAUGUAAACGACAACAAUCUUGCAUACUUAGAGGCAAUACACAACUUUGUAGAAGUGCUUAAUGAAUAUUUCCAUAAUGUCUGUGAAUUAGAUCUUGUAUUCAACUUUUAUAAGGUUUACAGUGUUGUGGAUGAGAUGUUUUUAGCGGGAGAAAUUCGAGAGACAAGUCAAACAAAAGUUUUAAAACAACUUCUUAUGUUGUCAUCAUUAGAGUAAAUAAUAUGUCAUAGGACUUAUAUAAAUAUAGACCAAAGUGUUGUAGACAGAUAUCAUUGAUGAAAUUGUGUAUGAUUUUAUUACUAUGAACUUGGUUGGUUAUUUUCAGAGUAUAAUAGGCUAUGUAGAUUAAUAUGUCUUAGUCCAUAUGUAAAAAAACUAAUUAUGUUUCUGAAGACACCAUUUGAGUGUAAGGUAAAGUUUUUGCCAAACAAAUGGAUAAAAACUAGAAAUGGAAAGUGUAGAACUAUUUUCUAUUUUGUUGUAAAAUGAUCAUUAUAUCACCAAAAUGUUGUUUUGUUCAGAAGUGGUAAUAAUGACAACAUUCAUAGUAAUUGUCCCUAUGAAUGAUACAUUCCAAAUUCACUUAAUUAUUGUUAAUGAAAAAACAUAAUAUUAAUGCAUUCUCAAGCAUGUUUUCAUCUUUCAUGCUUUACUUGAGAACUACAUACUAGUCACAAAGGAAAGGAAAUUUAGGCAGGAAAAAUUUGAUUGCAGCUAUUAGAAAAAUUGAUUAAGUCCCUUAUUUUGGAGGUAAAUUAAAGCAUUUUGGUGAAUCCCCAGUGAAACUGGCAAGUCCAAUUCUCAUCAGGAUAAGUUGCAGAGAUCUCUGUAUACAGGAAACGCUAUAAAUGUUCAAUACUCAUUUCUUCAUUAUUUUUUGGAAUGAAAAUAAUACAAGUAACGUAACAUGAUAAAUUUUGAAAAAUAUGAACAGCAGAUAAAAUGAGUACUUAUGAUAUAUCAGAUAUAAAUUAGAGGUACAAAACUGUUUUUAUCUUUAUGAUUACAAAGAUGAAACAAUACCAGAGUGAUUUUGUCUCUCCUUGACGGAGUCAAAAAGGGAGACAUAGGUAUGCUGUUUCCGGCGUCGGCGACGAUGAUGGUGUCGGCGGCGGUGUCAACAAUGUAUUAGUUUGUGAUUAGGUCUAGUUUAUGGUGAACCACUAGUGGUAGGUCAAUGAUAUUUGGUAUGCAGUUGUAUUAGCAUCGGCACAUCUCAUUACCAUGCAGAUUAUUUGGCCCUGCCCCCUCAGUCAUGGUCUAUUGAUUUCUAAACUUUGCUUAGUUUACGUGUAUUAGUUUGUGAUUAGGUCAGUUUAUGGGGAACCACUAGUGGUAGGUCAAUGAUAUUUGGUAUACAGUUGUAUAAGCAUUAGCACAUCUUAUUUCCAUAGAGAAUAUUUGGCUCACCCCCCUCAGUCAUGGUCUAUUGACUUUGAAACUUUUGCUUAGUUUACAUAUGUAUUAGUUUGUGAUUAGGUCCGUUUAAGAUGAACCAUUAAUGUUAAGUAAUGAUAUUUUGUAUGCAAAUGUAUUGGCAUUUGCAAGUUUCAUUUCCAUGGAGAUUAUAUAACCCCACCCCCUCAUUAUGGUUCAUUGACAUUGAAACUUUUACAUAGUUUACAAGUUAAUGUUUGUGUUUAGGUUUGUUUAAAGGGAAUGACUUAUGAAAAGUCAAUGGUAUUUGGUUACAUGCAGUUGUAUUAGCAUUGGCACAUCUCAUUUCCAUGGAGAUUGUUUAGCCCUGUACCUUCAGUCAUGGUUCAUUGACUUUGAAUAUUUGCAUAACUUACAUGUUAAAGUAUUGCUAUUUUAAUUUCAACAUUUGCAUUAUCAAAAUAACAAAUAGGCAAGACAUAUCUCUGUGAUAACAGUUUAUUUCACUGGUAUUUGCUGCAAUGGUUUAUUGUCAUAACUGCAGCAUUACAAAUAGUACCAUUUAAUUGGGAAUGUGCAAUGUACAUCCUGUAAAAUAAAGUAUGUAUACACACA